UGCAUUCAUUAUGCACUCAUGUCAGUCAUGCAUUCAUUCAUUCACCCAUCUGCUCAAGGAGCAAGCAUUUGUUGAAUUGCCAUCAUCACUGCUGACAGAAGUCAUGACAGACAAAGAGAAAAUUUCAGAGUGAAAGUCCCGAAUAGGCUGAAGGGCUUUUCCGAGACACCAUUCUGAUAGCACAAGACUGUGCUGGAGGACAUCGGUGCAUCCUCAGAGAGUUUUACAUUUCUCUGUCUGCCUCUAGAACACUGCUUCAUAGCAACACAAGGUCUACACCAUAAGCCAUCUCCCUACCCCUCGCUGGCCCUCAUCACCCAAGAUCUCCUUCUGUCUCUGGAUCCCCCUGUCCUGGAGUCCACCCUUUGUGGUUUGUGUCUGGGUUGCUCACUGAGCACUGUGUCCUCAAGGUCCCUCCACACUUCUUCAGGGCUGAGUGGUGUCCCCAGUGUAGACAGAUGGACAUUGUGUGUCCAUCCAUCCACAGGAAGACCCGUGGCAUGGGCUGCCCCCUUCUGGAUGCUGUGAAUAAGGUUGCCAAGGAUAUGUAGGGCUGAACAUUUUUAUUUCUGUUGAGCAGACACCUGGGAGUCGAGAUCAUGUGGAGACUCCAUGUUUAACCCUUUGAGGGUGGUGUAGUCUUUCACUGAACUUCACUGGUCUCUCUCUCUCUCUUUCUCUCUCUCUCCUUAGUGACAGGAUCUUGGGUUCUUGACCCCGACUUACCUCAAACUCGUUCUGUAGACCAGGAUGGCCUUGAAUUCUGAGAGAUCUGCCUACCUUUGGGAUUAAUGCUGUGUAUGCCACCCCGGCCUUAGUCAGUGCUAAAAUGUGUAGCCCACAAUGGCCUCGAACUCUUGAUCCUGCUGCCUUUGCCUCCUUCAGCAACUCCACAAUGGGCAAGCUGCAUCUUUUCACGCACUCUGUCUCUAAGGGAGCUGCCCCCGUCACUCAGGCAUCAGUAGCAAAUCACGGCCUCCAGACAUACUUCCGGUCAGUAUGUGGGCGGGUACUUCCGAUCCCACUUGGCGACGGCUCCUGGGGCUCCGCGACUGAGGAAGGGAGACCCUCGUGUUCCGUGUGGUGCGCCGCCGGCUGCCGGAAGCUGGGAGGGGAGCGCGGCGAGCUGGGAAUUCGCCAUGGAAGCAGUGACCUAUGAGGAUGUGCAUGUAAACUUCACUCAUGAAGAGUGGGCUUUGCUGGAUCCUUCCCAGAAGCAUCUCUACAAAGAUGUGAUGAUGGAAACCUACUGGAACCUCACUUGUAUAGGUUACAAAUGGGAAGACCAUAAUAUUGAAGAACAUUGUCAGAGCUGUAGAAGAAAUGGAAGGUGUGUCAUCUGUCACUCUGGACACAAUCCAUGUGAGCAUAAGGGACAUGGAAAGAAACAUUGUACUUCUGUCUCUCUCAGAACAACUGAAAGAUAUGUGGUAGUCCCCACUAUGAGAAGACAUGAUGACUGUGAUACAAGUUUACAAUUAACUGCUUUUCCAGCUUCAGUGGAAAUUCAUCAACAAACUCUCAUUGGAGAAAAUGAGUACCAGGAAUAUGGAAAUUCAUCUCUCUCUUCUGGUUCACUGUGCACAUGUAGUGUGGCUCACAGUAUAAGAAAAUGUUAUGAAUGCAGUCAGUGUGGUCCAACUCUGAGUUCUUCAAGUUCUCUUCAAAGAUGUGAAAAACCUCAUGUGUUAAGAGAAAAUAAUAAAUGUGAGUCAUCUACUAAAGGCUUUAGCCGUUACAGGCAUCUUCAAACACACAAAUCACCCAAUAAUGAAGAGAAUCUCUAUGAAUAUAAUCAAUGUGAUAAAGCCUUUAGAUGUGAUUGCUCUUUAAAACACCAAAGAACUCAUUUGGAAGGAAAGCCCUGUGAGUAUAAUCAAAGAUGUAAAGGCUUUGCAUGUCAUAGUCCUCAUCAAGUACAUAGAAUUCAAACUAGUGAGAAAAGGUAUGAAUCUCAGCAAUGUGAUAAAGCCUUUGAAUGUCCCUUAAUACAUAAUGGAAGUUACACUGGAGAGAAACCCUAUGAAUGUAAUCAAUGUGGUAAAGCCUUUGCAGAAGAGAGAAGCCUUCACAGUCAUGAAAGAUUUCAUACUGAAGAGAAACCCUAUAAAUGUAAUGAAUGUGGUAAAGCCUUUAGAGUGAAGAAUAGUCUUCUCAGUCAUGAAAGAAUUCAUACUGGAGAGAAACCCUAUGAAUGUCAUGAAUGUGGUAAAGCAUUUGUAUAUAACAGUCAUCUUCUCAGUCACUUAAAAAGUCAUACUGGAGAGAAACCUCAUGAAUGUCAUGAAUGUGGUAAAGCAUUUGCACAGAAGCAUGAACUUCACAGACAUAAAAUUAUUCAUACUGGAGAGAAACCCUAUGAAUGUCAUCAAUGUGGUAAAGCCUUUGUACAGAAGAGUGAUCUUCACAGACAUGAAAGAAUUCAUACUGGAGAGAAACCCUAUGAAUGUAGUCAAUGUGGUCAAGCCUUUGUACAGAAGAAUGUUCUUCACAGGCAUGAAAUAAUUCAUACUGGAGAGAAACCCUAUGAAUGUAAUCAAUGUGGAAAAGCCUUUGCAGAGAAGAGAAGUCUUCAGAGUCAUGAAAGAUUUCACACUGGAGAGAAACCCUAUAAAUGUAAUCGAUGUGGUAAAGCCUUUAGAGGGAAGAAUAGUCUUCUCUGUCAUGAAAGAAUUCAUACUGGAGAGAAACCCUAUCAAUGUCAUGAAUGUGGUAAAGCCUUUGCACGAAAGAGUUAUCUUCUCAGUCAUGAAAGAAUUCAUACUGGAGAGAAACCUUAUGCAUGUAAUCAAUGUGGUAAAGCUUUUCCAUAUAAUAGUCGUCUUCUCACUCACUUAAAAACUCAUACCGGAGAGAAACCCUAUGAAUGUAAUGAAUGUGGCAAACUCUUUGCACAGAAGAGUCAUCUUCUCAGUCAUGAAAGAAUUCAUACUGGAGAGAAACCCUAUGAAUGUAAUCAAUGUGGUAAAGCCUUUACAGAGAAGAGUCAUCUUCUCAGUCAUGAAAGAAUUCAUAAUGGUGAGAAACCCUAUGAAUGUAAUCAAUGUGGUAAAGCCUUUGCACAGAAGAGUCAUCUUCAUAGACAUGAAAGUCUUCAUUCUGGAGAGAAACCCUAUGAAUGUAAUCAGUGUGGUAAAGCCUUUGCACGGAAGAGUAGUCUUCAAAGUCAUGAAAGAAUUCAUAAUGGAGAGAAACCCUAUAAAUGUAAUGAAUGUGGUAAAGCCUUUGCAGAGAAGAGGAAUUUUCACAGACAUGAAAUAAUUCAUUAUGGAGAGAAACCCUAUGAAUGUAAUCAGUGUGGUAAAGCCUUUACAGAGAAGAGAAGUCUUCAUAGUCAUGAAAGAAUUCAUACUGGAAAGAAACUCUGUGAAUGUAUUGAAUAUGGUAAAACGUUUGCACAGAAGAAUCAUCUUCACAGCCAUGAAAAAAUUCAUACUGGACAGUACCAUAUGGAUGUAAUCGAUGUGGUAAUUUCAGAUGUGAUCUGCUAUGUGGGUGCUGGAAACUAAAUGUCUACAAGACGCACUUGCUGUAGUCCAGCUCCAUACGUGUUCAGGUUCCUAAGAGGAGAUGGGGCAUUAGCAAAGGCAGGAGACUGCCAUGAUCUUAGCGUAAAUCAGCAUGGCUGCUGCUUUAUUGAAAAAGGACUAUACCCUUUAUACUGUAUAACUGAAUCUCAGUUUAGACUAAAGCAAGGUUAAAAACAGACUGGAUGAUUCCAAGAUAAAAGCAGCUAUCAACCUCAUCACAGCAUUUUUCUUGAGGCAAAAUUGAUUAAUUCAGCAAGUAUCUAAAUGCCUUUGUGGAUGUGAGCCCAUUGUUUUCUUCCAGUGUGCUUUCAUCCUUGGAACUAGGUAUGCCCAGUAAAUCAUUAAGUUCUCUAUUCUUGGUGUACUCAGGGGGAUACAAUGGGGAUUCUUUUGUGAGAGUAGGCAUAGUUAUCAUACUCUAUGGUUCCAAGGUGGUGGGAAUUUUUUCCAAGAUUUUGUUUAAAGAGACUUCCUAUGUAUAAUUCUCAUCCUCCACUGUAGCUCACAAGAAAAAAAAAAAAAAACUUCCCACAGUAGAAGGGAUAAGGAGACUUCAUCACAUAUAGUGAGAAUUGUUAAAAUUGAAAUAAAAAGAUGCCGGAGAAUUAAGAUCUGCAAUGUCAAAAUGCUGGAACCUUGUCAAGUAGCAGUGGUCAUUGUGCAGUCCACACUAGGUACUAAACUGCUAAACCAUCUCUCAUCCCUUUUUCUUUUAAGAUUCAAUGUAUGAUUUUUGUCUUUGUGAGUGUACAUGAAUAGUAUACUUUGAAAUCAGA